GCGUGGCGGGGCAGCUGAUGACGGGCCAGAUGGGCGGGAAUCAACGGGAGCAGCCUUACGAUGUGUCACCGACAUCCUGUCGCUGGUCGUAGUAGCCAACCAUUUCGUCACCUGGAUUCUACCUCUUUUGUUGGUCGCGCAUGCAUGGGUACUCCUGUCGCGACAGCCCAAGCCGGAUGAGCUAGCCUUCAAGCUGCGUUCCCCGUUUGUUGACAAUUGAACAGAAGCAACCAAGUCUGGACGCCUUGUCUAUUGCGUGUCAUACACCUGGCUCGGUCCACCUCGUUCCUCGAUCCUGCUCGCAUACCCAAAUUGCACUCGCCGCAAGGAGCUCCCUGAACCAACCAAAACGCUACUUGUCGCCAGCGAACCUCUGCAGCUUCGAAAAAUACUGACGCGAACUUAUAAAUCUAAAGGACGUUCACCAGCUUAAACAACACCAAUAACCGACCGCCCUUGUUGGGAAUACUACCUCGGACGUGGCAGUCUUGAGUUGUUUUCCUGGAUCGCACUCUCGUUCGGCCUUCUCCACCAGACUCUCAACAUCUUGCAUACGAUAUCUACCCCGGCCGGCUCUCUCUGUGGGAAAGCUUGCCGUAUGGCAAGCUGGGAGUAGCAACGCUAUGGCUCCCACGCCUGCCCCUCCGGUGGACAAGAAGGUGGAGAAGGGGUACUUCUCCUCUGCCGUGGACUCCAUGAACCCGUGGGCCGGAAGCCGUAGCACCACGCCGACUCCCAAAGAACCUGGCUCCUCGAGCACCACGCCGCCGUUGCCGUCUGCCAGCGGUCCCAGCACUGUCCCCGGCUAUCAUACCACCAGCCAUGUCUACGGCCAGAGUCAGAGGCGAUACCCCCCGGACUGCCCACUGCUGAAAGUGAUGUGGUUCCACGCUGUCGAUAUACCCAAGCGAAAACCUAAGUUGCUACAGUCCAAGAAGAACGCCGCCGACGAAAACAAGCCACCACCCGCGCCCAAGAAACUUGUCGCGUUCUCCCCCGAAGACUCCAAAUCCCUUGAGACAACAUACCAGACAAUACUCGAGGAUACUGAGAGAGAUCGGGGGACAACUGCCGAAAGGCAAAGGAGCAGGUCUAAUCGGAGAUCGACCCUGGGAAGCGACGAGCCGAGAUCUCGAGGACUCAGCCGAAGCGACGCCCAAAAACCCAAACAUCAUGUCGUAUAUGUUCAGGAGGACUUCUUGUUCCAAGUCGACCUCGAGGAGAGAGAGUUGUCGCCAGUUUACUGGCUUGGGCCCGUCUACGAUGUACGGAGAGGCACCUGGUUCUACCAGGAAGGCUCGACUCUUCGGCCUUGCGAGGAAAACUUGGCGGCACAACUCGAGGAAGGCUACUUGAAAGUGAAGCCGUGGCUAUACCCCGCAAGAGUUCGCAGCGACUCCGGCACCGGGAGCAGCCUUACUCCUAAGCCAUCCACCGACAACCUCCGGGCCGCGUCGGCUGCGCAGGGGGAGGCCAUCUCCAAGUCGUCAGCGAUGCCAGCACCGCUGCAGGCACAACACCAACCGCAAACCCAUCGACUAUUUGGAACAUACAUGAACAGUGUUGCGACCUACCAAGACGCCUCAGUGGCGUGGCUGACGUCCGAUAGCGUCUUGUCGUGGGUCACGUCGACGGUAUAUGAACGGUUCGCCGGCGGCGGCUACAUGAGCGGAGUCAAGCUUGUCCGUGGAUUUUCAGAGCCAAGCAAGGAGCCCACUAAGGCGAAGGACAAAGAAUCCAAGGACGCCAAGGACGAGAAAUGGCCAUCUACACCGGGUCCAGGAACCGUGACGCAUCUCACGCUCGAUGAAAAGCAACAAAAGCUUCUCAAGAGGAGAUCGGCACCUCCAGCCACAAAACUGGGGGCAUUGGCUGGUGCCUCCUCUUUGGGGGUAGAAAGCCAAGAGAGCCAACUGCAGCGCCAGAUCUCAUCGCUAAUGGACGGCGGUGAAAAAGACCGCGCCCAGGAGGAGGAAGAGGUUCGCCAGAGAGAAGAGAAGCAAAUGCAAACUGACUACAAUCCCCAGGUUGGUGAGAAACAAGGGCGUGAUAUCGACCAUGUUUUCCUCGUAACACACGGCAUAGGCCAGCUCUUGGGACUUAGGAUGGAGAGUGUGAACUUUGUGCACGAUGUCAACAUCCUGCGCAAAACCCUCAAAUCGGUCUAUACAAGCUCAGCAGACCUAAAGGCACUGAACUCGGAAAGUGGUGAAGGUCCGGGCAACUGCCGCAUCCAGGUAUUACCCGUGUGUUGGCGGCAUCUCCUUGAUUUCCCCAAGAAAAAUGAGAAAAAACGCGAGCAGGAUUUGGGCGAGACUUAUACCGAGGAAGACGAAUACCCCUCGCUUGAGGACAUUACUGUCGAGGGGGUCGCUUUUGUUCGGUCGCUCAUUUCCGACCUUGCCCUGGACGUGCUCUUGUACCAAAGCGCAUACCGGGAGCAGAUUGCCCACAUCGUGCUGCAGGAGUCCAACCGUGUCUAUAAUCUCUUCAUGGAGCGGAACCCGAAGUUCACGGGCAAAGUUCACAUCAUCGGGCACUCGCUUGGUUCCGCAAUAAUGUUCGACAUUCUCUGCCGCCAAAAGGAAACGCCCAGUUCAUCGGACGUUGGUAGGAACGCGCUCCGAUUCCGGACGCCACAAGAUCGGCCCAGGCCAUCAAAGGAUCCGAGGGAGCUCAGGUUCGACUUUGACGUGGAAGACCUCUACUGUCUGGGCUCGCCCAUUGGCCUCUUUCAGAUGCUAAAAGGGCGGACCAUCUCGGCAAGACAUCUACCCCAUGCACUGCCCUCGGAGAGCCCGCUGGACCCGGACUCUAUAGACGAUCCGUUUCUGGCGGCGGAUGUCGGCCAACGCGUCUCAGCCAUCACAGGGCUGCCCUACUCCAUCUCUUCGCCCAAGCUCGGCCAGCUAUUCAAUAUCUUCCACCCUUCGGAUCCCAUCGCCUACCGCAUGGAGCCACUCAUCACCCCUGCCAUGUCGAGCCUCAAGUCCCAGAUACUUCCAUACACCAAAAAGGGAAUCUUUGGCAGUGCGGCGCCCCAGGGAAUCACCGGGAUAGGCGUUAAGGUCGGCCAGAGCGUCUCGGGUUUAUGGUCCUCACUCAGCGCCGGGAUCGCUAGCAACAUUCUGAACCGCAGCCUGGGCCUCACACAGGAGGACGUGGCCAACAUGUCGGCUCAACAACCUACAACCUCAUCUUCGGCUGCGGGUGCCAACUCGGGCGCCGGCGUCAUUUCUGAUGGUCAGUCGCAGGCGGAGAAGGCGGCUGAGCGUAAGAAGCAGCUUGCUCGAUCUUCGAUGGGUGAGCGACAGGAGAGCUUCAGUGGAAACGAUGUCACGCUGCUUGACGACGAACUCGAGACGCUCUAUUCAAAUUUCGAGAGCCGGCGCGUCAAGAACAAGGAUGCCUGGCAAGAAGAGGAGCAUAAAGCGAGGCGGCUGAGACGAGAGGAGUUGAAGGUGCAGGCCCUGAACAGGAACGGCAGGGUUGACUACAGCAUUCAGGAGAGCGCGCUCGACUUCAACCCUAUGAACACGAUUGCCUCGCACAUGGCAUACUGGUCAGAUGAAGACGUUGCUCACUUUAUCAUGUCUCAAGCCCUUUCCAACAGGACUGUCCCUUCAAAGAGAUGAGACGAUGGAUAAUGCAAGAAGUUGGAUCACUUGAGAUUAAUUGUGUUCUUAUAUGGAUAUCCGUGUCACCUGAUUUCAUUGUAACCCGACGCCAUCUCAAGGGGCGAUAUAUAUCUCUGCCUGCCAUGCUCAUUUCCAGCAUCGUCUUGAUAGAACAGAUUCCACCUCCGUGACAAGAGAUUAGACACUCCCCUCAUUGAUAGCCAAUUGGCCAACUGAUCUGCCUUGUA